AGCAGCCAAUCGGUAGGAAGCUGGUUUGCAACAGCCCGUCGCUAGAGUGUAUGAGCGUUCCUUCCGGUCUAGAAAGAAAAGCGGGGACAGGAGACGGGGAGGAUGUUUUACCACAUCUCCUUGGAACAUGAAAUCCUGUUGCAUCCACGUUACUUUGGGCCCAAUCUUCUCAACACGGUUAAGCAGAAACUUUUCACUGAGGUGGAAGGAACCUGCACAGGAAAAUACGGAUUUGUCAUUGCGGUUACAACCAUUGACAACAUUGGGGCGGGUGUGAUUCAGCCCGGGCGGGGCUUUGUGCUGUAUCCGGUCAAAUACAAGGCCAUCGUCUUCAGGCCUUUCAAAGGGGAAGUUGUUGAUGCUGUUGUCACGCAAGUGAACAAGGUUGGACUGUUCACUGAAAUUGGACCCAUGUCCUGCUUCAUUUCACGGCACUCCAUUCCUUCUGAAAUGGAAUUUGACCCCAAUUUCAAUCCGCCCUGCUACAAGACAAUCGGUGAGGACAUUGUCAUCCAGCAAGAGAACGAGAUUAGACUGAAGAUCGUGGGAACCCGAGUGGACAAGAACGAUAUUUUUGCAAUUGGAUCACUCAUGGAUGACUACCUUGGUCUGGUCAGCUGAAGCCCCCGGUUUCUUGAUAUCCUUCUCCUCGGUUUCUGUGUCCCAA